AUGUCAGUGGAUUCUCGAUCAAUUCCUGACGAAGAGGUUGACUUAUUAUUUAAAGUCAACUCCAUCGAAUAUUUUGAAGUCGUUGGAUCCAAUUAUGAUAAUGAUUUAAAUAAAAUCUUAAAACAAAUUCCUACGGUAUAUUUAACUACCUUCAAACCAAUAUAUUAUCAUUCGAUAGAUAAUUUUUUACAGGAUGAACAUUAUAAGGAAGGUUUAAUAUAUAUAGUGAAAAUUUUGGAAAACAUACUAUUGAAUCCCGCCAAUCUAAAGUCUAGGCGUAUUCGCAAAUGUAAUAAGUUUUUUGUAACCUAUAUCUCCUCGAAUGAACUUUUGCUGGAACUUUUCACCCUUUUUGGGUUUGUUCCCGUCGAAGACUCUUAUGUUCUUCAACACGUUUAUUUUCAUAGACUCCUUUCAUCCUACCUCACACUAGUCAAAACACUACACGGUCCCUUUAACCUAAAUUAUAAAUCACUCCAAUCACACUUUUUCGACCCUUUUAAAGCAUACAGUCACUACAGCAAUAUUAACUCAAAUUCCGACUCUUUUGAGCUCACUUCAAAGGAUGAAACGAAAUCCAUCAUUGAUGAUACCGUUAAAGAGAUUUCGGAAAAGGAUGAGUCUGAGUCUAAACUGGAUGAUUGGAAUCCUGUUAUUACAGUAGAGUCUAACGUAAAACCCGGUAAAAAAUUACAACCUGAGCCCUUAGAUACAUCUAAGCCCACCGCAUCCUCAUUAAUAAAGAUGUAUAAUAUUGGAAAAAAUGAGAACUUUGAGUCUAGAUCCAAAAAACAACUUGAAACACUAAAGAGCAAGUCUGAACUUGCUAAAAAAUCUCCAAUUGUUGAGGUUAAAAUCAAGUUUCCAAAGUCAACUACUCUUACAGUCCAAGUUCCCGUGAAGUCACUGGUCAGGAACAUAAGGAGGAACAUUCAGACUAUUCUUGUGGACGACGUUUCCUUUGAUGACUGGCACCUCGUUGAGUUCCCCAUCCGAAGGAAGAUCAGAGAUGAGAAGACUCUCUUGGAGGAGGAUAUAGUGCUCAAAUCAAUUCUCCACUUUACUUUCGCUGGUAUUACCUUUACCACAUUACACACUUUUAGAUUCCACACGUGA